AAUGAUCGGUUACGAUCACUGUGCGCCCAGGCAAGCCGGCUCUAAGGUCGGUCAGUGAUGCCAUGAAGGUAAAACAGCGACCACUGUCACUGCCUAGCAAACUUAUUCUUGCCUCAGUACCUUACACGCACGCUCUAUCAACUUGAUUACACCAUCGGCCGAGGCUCUUCUACAUAGGCAACCCCAAACUGCGCUGACCUGGGUUUCCACUACUUAGCCGGCUGUUAAAGAGAGGCAGGAAGGAUGCAGGAGGAGUCUGUGUAUGCACUGAUUCCUCAGCCGCAGGAGGUGCCCCAGCGGCCUGCGAUGCACACCUCGAAGUUUGGAGGCAAGACGCAUCCUGCCCAGUUUGACUUUGGACAAAACAAGGUUCAACCGCACGCGACCAUGGGGCGACCAGAUGGAGCGAACGGGCCGGCGUUCCUCCACGCACACGAGAAGGAGCCCAAGCUACCAUCUCCCGGCCCGCCCAGCAACCCCAAGCAAAAGAUCCGGCCACCGGUGCCGGCCAAAGAGGAGAAGCCCACUAUGGGCCUCACCAGCAACAAGAACUUCAUCACGGCAAAUGCGGUGGAUGUGAUUCUGGCCAAGCCUGGCAAGGUGCCGCAGCCUGAGUUCCAGUGGACGCAGAAGCCUGACUACGGGAAAGUGCCAAUGUACCUGAAGCGCAACAAGGACCGGGUUGCCAAGGAGAAGGAGCACUUCACGCAGUACCUGCGCAUGCGGGAAGCGCCGGAGGCCAACGCGCACGUGAGCCAGUUGUCACCUGAGGACCGCCAGCAGCUGGUGCGGCACCUCAAGGCCAAGUGGGGCAGCGUCAACACGGCAUACCAGGGCCUGUCGUUGAGUGUGGACAGUGCUGUGAAGAAGGGGCGCAAGGAGGCGAUGGAGCGCGAGCUGGCAGAGAUUGAGCGCGACAUCCGCACCCUGGAACGCGGCGAGGUGGUGCUGGUGGUGGACGAUUGAGAGCCGGCGGCGCUGCAGCGAUAGGGCACCUGCGGCUGUAGCGGCUGAGCGGCGGCGCAAGAGUGGCCGGCGGCGAGCAGCACGGGGUCACGGGCCUAGGGGAGGGGCAGGAGGCAGCCGCGGCGGAGAGGCAGCAGCGCGGCGGUAUGGGUGGGAGGCAGUGCUCGGGAAUGCGGUGCGGGUGCGGGAGGAGGCUUCCUGGCAGGAGGCGGGCUGCGGCAGCCGCGGCUGCGGAUGCCCCGUGUGCCUGGCGGUGCAACGACCUGGUGAUGCUGCGAACAAGAGGGGAAUGCGUAUAGCUAGGCAAACGUACCGGCGUUGCGUGCGUGAAGGCCAAUAGGCAGCUAUUAGGCAGGCGGCAUAUGAGGGAGGGCGGCUGGACGUCUUGCCGCGGCCGAGCGGCCGCGCAACAACUUACCUAGGGGAUUAGGGGUAGACGCAUAGGUCGGGUUGUCCCUUCAAUUGUAAUCCGCAUCCAUAGGACGAAACUGAGCUGACAGGCGGCAGAGACUUCCAGCACCGGUGAAAUGACGAUUGUGACGGGGUUCAUGAACAAAUGAGCGUGCUGGCUGGUGUGAAUUACCCCUGUGUACAGGAUUGGGGGGGGCGGUCACUUUGGGCUCAGUGAACAUUUAGCGCUGCCUUUCGCUGGUUCGCAAAUCCGUAUGGUGGGCAUGAGGCAAUAUUUGGCUCUGCUGGCAUGACCCAAUCAGGGGUGUAAAUCAUUACA